UCCCCGGUGCUCGAUAUGUCUGGUCAGACGUCAAACAAGGUUCUUUUCCAGGUGCAUUUUGUUGUUCUAGGAAAGAUUGUGUUGUCUUUGCCUUUAUUUGGAUUUGCUUUUUGUGUGAUAUGGUCUCUGAUAAAUAAUUUUGAGUCGUCGACAGCCACUCACUGCAGGGUAGCUAAUUACCUGCCAUCUAUCUCGUCAGCUAUAGGAGGGUACACACCCCAGAGAUAUGUUUGGAGGAUAUGUGUGGCACUUCAUUGUUCCCCACGUCUCAUGGUUGCUGUCGCCUAUUACAAUUUCCAUACACAAGUUCAUGUAGGACAGAAAAACAGCCUGUACCAGUCGCUGUCUGCUCUCACAAGUCUGCUUCACAUCCUUGAAAACCUGGCUCUUGUUGGCCUGUCAUUUAUCUCUUCCUCUGAGAAUCAUGGUGCCCAUGAGAAACUUUUUGUGACGUUUAUGGUGACUUCGUUAUUAUAUAUGCUGUUAUCCUGCAUUCUUUUCAAAUGGGGUCGCACAGCUAAUGGAAUCAAUAUGAGUGUUAAGGAGAGGACCUCAUUCAACUACAAAGUUGGCCUGUUUCUGUUUAACAUCAUAUCAUUCCUGAUCGCUGUUUACCUCUUCAUCAGACAUAAUGCAUACUGUGAACCAGGCAUUUACAGCCAGUUUGCACUAUGUGAGUACAUGGUUGUGGUAUCCAAUAUUCUCUUCCACGGAACUGCCAUCCUUGACUUCAGAUGUUCUGUUAUAUCUUUAGCUAUCGUUAAUCAGAGACAGGGAACUUCAUUACCCAGGUAGCAUGUAUCUGGUAUUACGUGAUUUGUGAGAAUUUUCACUGUCAACAUUGUAUUUGAUUUGCUACACAAUGACUAAUCCGUCUGCUUUCACGGCCUUCUAACAUGUCCUUUCCACAGUAGUCAUGAUGAUUCUAAUGACUCAAAGUUACCUCACACAUAGGUUACACAAGGAGUGGUAUUAAACAUCAGAUUUUUAGUUCACCUGAGAUGAAGUCUCAGUUGACCUAUUGCAGUCGCCUUUUGUCCGGCGUCGUGUGUCAUCCGUCGUAAACAAUUUACAUUUUCAACUUCUUCUCAACUACCAACAGGCCUAGAUACCUGAUAUUGG